AUGUUUGCAGACAGUGAAGCAAUCAUCCCAGCUCGGAACAAACGACGCAGUGCGAUGGCAGAACGGCGGCUAAAGAAAGGUCUUCCAGAAUUUGACAUACCAAUUCCAGAAAGUUUUCAAAAUGCUCGAAAGAACAGUCUAGCCUCGCUGGCAUCUGCAGAGAGCCAAAAGCAUUCACCGCUCCGAUUACCACAUCUCAAUUGGAAACGUCUCAAGAAAAAGGUAAGCUUUUACCGUAAGCUGUAA